GGCGUAACUGCAGCCGCCCCAGACAGCCACAUUUUGUUUGAGCGCUGCAGGAGCUGUCCACCAGCACGGUGCUGAAGCUGCCCAACUCAAGUAUCUCCAAAGCUUUAAAGGAUGCACUGGUCAAUGAGCACACUACCUUUGCCUCAGUAUGUUGAGCUUGGUGUCCAAUCACUGAGCGGCCUUCUGUGGACUCUCCUGCUCCUGUUUCUGUGGCACUGCUAUCGGAUCGGCUCUGAUCUGCCUCUUCCAGGCACAGGGAAGCUCAAGUCAAGCUCAAGACGCUCCAUGAUGUCCCGGAGUGGCAUCUGUAUUGGAACAAAGUGCAAUGCUCGGUCCAAGCUGUUCAGGAGUGAUCAGAUUAGUUCCUUUAUUUCCAUGGAAACUGUGAAGGAUAAGGAGCAGGGGCACAGUUACCUCGCCCCAGUGCUGAGUCAUGCCUUGUUCCCUGCCCAGGCCUCUGCAGAAGCCAAGAAGCUGUACACGGCUCUGCAGGAGUACGCCAAGCGUUACAGCUGGGUGGGCAUGGGCCGCAUUCACAAGGGCCUUCGAGAGCAGGUCCGACUGAACGAUCUCUCCACAAUACAGAGGCCCCAUCUCUUCUUCUUGCCAGAUGUCCCAAGUGUUCCUUUUUUUCCACGUGACGCUCAUCGACAUGACAUCGAGGUUCUGGAAGCCAACUACCAUCUGAUCUUAGCUGAAUUUCAGGCUGUUUACCAGCGAGGCAUUGACUCAAAAUCAGGCUGGACCUUUGUGGGACCAAAGGGCCAGGCACUGUUUUCUUUGUACAGUGCAGGGGUGUGUGUGGCAGGAAACUGUCGCUCCUGCCCCUGCACCUACCGUACUCUUCUCACUCUGCGAACGUUCAUCAACAGCAACUCAUUGGGAUCUGCAGGAUUUUGGCUUUUGGGACCUGGAGCUACUCUUGGGAGCUCAUAUGGACCCACCAACACUCGCCUACGCUGUCAUCUUGGUUUGCAGAUCCCUCCUUUGUGUGAGCUGGUGGUGGGGGGCGAGCCUCAGUGCUGGUCUGAGGGACACUGCCUCCUUGUUGAUGAUUCCUUCCUUCACACCGUCUCUCACAAGGGUUCUCCGGAAUCUGGACCCAGGGUCAUUUUGAGUGUGGACCUUUGGCAUCCGAACGUUGCUGCAGCAGAGAGACAAGCGAUGGACUUCAUGUUCACCCCUGACCUCUGAACUUCCUCCCACUCCUACUGUGUUCAACAUACAGAGAUGCCUUAACUUAACCCACUGGUCCCGGGUCAUGCAUCUCAUUUCAGCCAAUGAAUCACUGUGUGAAUCUGAAUCAGACAAGCCACCUAGUGCUGGAUGUUUGGAGAAACUACAAAAACGAUGCAGGAUUUUGCUGUUAGACAACGAUUCAUGCGUCAAACCUAAAGAAGGUGUUAGCAUCUGUAGAUACAAGCAUCAGAAUGCCGUUCACCAUGAUGUGUUGUUAGCAUGUGCAAAAUCCUACGUAUUAUUGUUACUGGCGUCUGUUCUGAGCUGCUGUUGCAUGAGGUCUUUCUACAAUUUCUUUUGGAAGCCAUGAUGGAGUUUCAGUUGCUCUCAUUUUGAAAAGUAGCGAGGUUACCAAAAAUUGAAACUGCUCCAAACUGUGAAAACUUUAAAUUGACAAAUACAUAUUUAAUUGUUUAGGUCUCUCCAGAUUUAAACCAAAUAAGAAUGAAACAAAAAUAUUGUGUUUUUUCCUAUUUUGUGACAUUCUCCUUUCUGAAUGCUGGAAUGUUUCUAUUGAUAAAAAUGAUAAAUUAUUAAGUGUCUUUUUAUUAUGUUUCCAGAUUGUUGGUUUGGCUGUUUACAUAUUUGUUUAUAAUAUUUAUUUAAUCACCAACUGGUCCAUCAAAAUAACAGUAAAAAGAAAAAAAAAUCAUAAUUGAAUGACUUUUACAUUUUGUGCAGAAUACUUUUUCUGUUUAAACUACAUUUUUUCAAGGCAAGAAAUAAAAAUAAGCCUUAGAAAUGAAACCAAAUAAAAUGUCAGACACCAUGAAAUAAAGAAAACGUGUCCAUGGAUUUCAACUGAACAUAAAUUAGACUCUAAUGGGGAAACGUUUUUAUGUUUAUUUUAAUCAAAAAAUACUACUUUAAAAAUAAAUAAUACUCUAAAUAGCA